AUGCUCUAUUUGCUGCUCUUUCUGCAUUUUGCAGGAGGACUCAACUUCGCUGGAAUCGUCCAGGAGCGUGUUGGCGUCGUCUUCCUGAUGACAAUCUUCAUGUACACGUUCCUAGGCUUCUUCACCGACUUCUUUGCCUCAAUUGGAAGCACCCUCAACAUCGACGGUGCCUGGGUCCAGGCACUGGUUGCAUUCCUCUUCUGUGCCGCAUUCCUGGUCUUCUACAAGAUCGUCAAGCCACUCUUCCUGGCCAUGACGAUCUUCCUGGUCUACAACGGCAUCGUUGAGUCACUCGCCCAGAUUCCAUUCAUAUUCCACUUCCUAGUUCUGAUUGGAAUCAUAAUUGCAGUCAAAAUGCUAUUCAAGGUGUUUGAAUCAUUCUACAAGUACAUUCUGGUUGCCGUAUUCUCAAUCUACGGAUCACUGAUGGUGCUAUGUGCGAUAUUUGGACUGAUUGGGCUGCCACUGAAUUUCGACGACUACCUUGGCAAAUUUAUUGAUCAGCAAUCACUGAUUGGUCCAAUGGUUGAGAGCUGGAACACUUUGGUGUGGAUUAUGUUCAUAGCAGCAGGUGCAGUAGCACAGGUUGGGUUCAUCAGAAAGGGAAAGUGA